UAUCCCCUAGGGGUGCCGGCAGCCCUUAAGGCUGGGGAUGCUGGUGGACUCCCAGGGAGCUGGGGAAGUGCAGGGCUGGGGGUUCUGGGGACUUCCUGGGAUUCUGGGGACCUCUUCGGACUGGGGGUGCUAUGGGUUCCCCGCAUGGUGGGACCCCGGGGCGACUGCAGGCCCCUCUGGGGUGCUGCAGUGUUUGGGGUGCUCUUGCAUGCGCAUGGCGAUCCCACCAUGGGGUUGUGCAUGGGAUCCUGGCUGUACCUGGGCUCCCCGGCUGUAAAUUCGGUUUCAUCUCUGAGCCCCUCGGAGCAGGACAAGCCCAGGCCAUCGCUGCUGAUGCCAUGUGUUCUCAGCAGCCCCCAGAGAAUCAGGAGGUGCUGGUGGAAGGUGCUGCUGGGCAGCCGUGGUGAGGGUGCGAGGAAAGGAGCUGAUGUACUCUAGUGAAGCUGUAGGGAGCUUAUAGCACUAUAGGUGUGAGGUGCUGGUGGAGCUGAUCCCCGUGUGGCUAAGUUCGUGUGUGGACUCUACAGCUGUGUGUGUGAGCUCAGGUCGGUCCCUGAGGGGUAGAGCCUGGGCAACCCCUUUGGCCUUCCAGCCAGCCAGCCAUUGAUGACGACAACUCCAGAAAUAACAGUCCAACCCUGAAAUUAGGCUGUUGAGAUGAUCAAAGCAUUUCCCUUUCUCUCGCUGGGUCAGUGUUGUGCACCCACCCACCUGGAUCCAGCUCCUCCAGGAGCAGUUCCAGCACAGACAGCAUGGCCAAGGUGGCCUGGGCAAAUAGGCACAGGCCCUCCACUACAGCCCCUGCAGCAGGGGACAGGGACAGGAGGGUGUCAUGAGCCCUGGAUACCUCCUGCUGCACCCAGCCACAGUGCUGGCAGGUAACACUGCAGGUGACAAGCACAUGUGACAGCUGGCUGUGUGUGAGGAACCCAAAUCCUGGCAGGUUGCUGGCAGUGGAGGAAGCUGUGUGCUUGCUCAGUGGUUUCCCUUUAACUCUGGAACAGCUUCAGUUCCAAGCUUCAGGGCUUAUCGCCUGCACAGCUACGAGGGAAGCAUGCCUGGCUGAGAUAAAUCAAAUUGUGCUGGCCAGGGCUGCUCUGGACUCUGUUCUUCUCACAUUCCUCAUGACCUCAGUAUUUUGGCUCAGGAGGAGAGCCACGGAGAACCCUCCCUGUGUCCAGUCCCAGCCCUGCUGGUGGAACAGCUCAGGCUGCGCUGCAGCAGGUGGUUUAACUGGGCUGAGGGCUGCUGCAGCUGUGCCUCUGAGGAGGAAAAGGGCCCAAAGGUCUCGAGCUUUAGGAACAGCUUCCCCAGACCUCUCCUCUGCCAGUCUGGGAGCUCGGGAACCCCAAGGGGAAGUUGCCCCAUGAGGCCAGGGGUCCCAAGGUGCUGUCUGGAGCUGGGGCUGAGGCAUGAGGACCAGGUGGUACUUGGACUGUGCCUCAUCCCUGACAUGACUUCUUAUUAUAAUUGGGCAGAGCAGCUCCAGUUUUGACCCCAAGUUUCCCAUGCUGUCAUUGGUACAACAGCACGAGGGGAAAAUACAGAUGAGAGCCCAGAGCAAAGCAUAGCCCUGCCUCCAUGGGGGUGGUUGGGUGCCUGCACAUCCUCCUCCCCUCGCCUCCCUACCAGUCCUUUGCUUGUACCAUCCUGCUUUUCUGUUGAAACACCAGUGCUAGGAACAGCACUUUCAUUGCUUCCAAAGAGAGCUGGGAUCAUACAAGAGCUACCCCCAGGGAUCUAUGUGCCCAGCCCCUUCAGCAGCCUGCACCAGUGCCCAAAGGAGCAGCUGAAGCUGUAGAAAAUCAGUCUUUGGCACCAAAGUGGCUGCUACAAUUGGUCCCAGCAAGACUUCAGCCCAGGUGGAGGGCUGAGUGGUGCCAUGGCUGUGGCAGCCAGGUCCAACUGGUGCUGACACUGGCUGGGCCGUGGAUAUGAAGACUCAGCCUGCUGGACAAGUGGGGACCACUUCACCAAUCCAGCCCCACACCUCUUCCCCAGCCCAGGGACAGUUUGCACAGACCGAGGAGCCUGGGGGGUGUUUGCACCUUGCUGAAGGGUGUGAACAUCAUGGGGUCCCUGCGGUCACUUGGACAUGGUUGGAUGUGGCAUGUCCCAUCACAUUUUUGGAGCUGGGUGAAGACAGAAGCUCCUACCCUGGUCCAGCUCAUCCUGUCAGACCAAAAGAAAUGAGUUCUGGAAGCAGUGGGAGGAUGUCCCUCACAGUUGGGAUGCAGCUGAAGGUUGCCAUAGGAGGUGGAAGGUGAUGAGCAGCCUGUCCCCAGCUCAGUGGAGGGGACACCAGUGCAGUGCUGGUGCAAAGGGCCCUUUGCUGCUGCAGUGGAGUGGGAGGUCUCCUCAGCAGAGGAGGUUUUUCCUGUCCCAAGGCAGGACAAUACCCAGGCCGGGCAGCGGAAGGGAGCUGCCGGUCACUUCCCCCUGAGGAAACACACCCGCUGGUCUGGCUCCUGUUGCUCUCUCUUCCUCUUUGAUUUACAACAUGUGUGGAGCCCAGCGGGAAGUUUGUCCUGGCCCCAGCACUGUUUAAUUACCUGCAGCAAGGCCAUGCAGAGGAGGAAGCCAAACUCUUCCCAGGGUGGGAGGGAUUAGAUGAGGUGGGGGAUGUGUGGACCCUCUUGGACAUGAGGCCAGCAGCUUGGGAAUGGUGGAUGCCAGCAUGGAGCUGGGAUGUUCCCAGGGGAGAUAGAAUGCCUGCCAGCUCAAAGGUGGGAUGAUUCUGAGGGAGGUGGAAUUUGGGAUGUGCAUUGGCUGUGGGUGGGUUUGCAGAGGAGCAGGAGAGCCCUAAAAUCUGUCCUAGUGACUAGUGGGAAGUGUUUUAUCUCUGCCCAGUUGGACACGGCCCCCGGCCGCCGUGGUGUCCAGGCUGAGCCUGGCCUGGUGCUGCCACAGCUCUGCUGGCUCCACAGGGUCAGGGCAAGCAGGGACAGAUGUGGGUGUUUCUCUGCAGCCAAGGCCAGAUCCUGCACUGUUCCCUGGGCAGUGCUGAGCCUCAGUUUCCCUGAGAGCUGUGCCCAAGCCACCAUUCCUCUGCGGCAUUCCUCCUGCCUUGCUUUCUUCUGAACAUAGCCCAGUGCCAAAUGCUUUGCCCACUAACAGCUGCUCAGCCUGAUGGCCACCUGUGCCCCAUGGGCAGAGCCAUCAGAACACUGAUGCCACGUACAGCAGCAGUGUGUGCUCCCAGUUGCUGUUAUCCCAUCCUACUCCUGCCAGGAGCACUUCACACCUGGGCCCCAGGAUCCAGAUGCUGUCAGAUGUUGCAGCAGGUCCCAGCUCAGUGCUCACAGAAGGUGGCACCCCCCAGCCAUGAGCUCAAUUCUGGACCACAGCCAUAUCCUGUUGGCUCUCCUCCAGUAUGUCCAUGCCUGGCUCAUGAGAAAACCAGGCUCCCAUUUCAUUCCCCUCUGCCUUAUCCCACAUUAUGGGAUAUUAUUAUUAUGGACAGGAAAAAGCAGUCAGGUCCCUCCUGGGGGUCAUCAGUCCCUCAGGACACCCCUGAAGCCUUGUGGGGUACCCUGGGUGGUGAGAAUGGGCAUCACACCCAGCACUGACAGGUGUUGGCAGCUCUCUGCAGUCACAUGGCUUUGCCAAAACAUAGGUUCCUUUACCCAAAGCAAAACUCACACUGAGUAUUGCACCUAUACAGGUUACAACAUCGUCUUUAUUCCUGGCCUGCUCCCACUGUAUGGACAAGCUCCAGCUUGUGACCCUCGGAGAAGGCAGCAUUGUGCUUUGCCUGACCACUGGCUCCAAUGUGAGCCCUCGGCUGGGGGAGGCCAGGGGACCUAGCAGAUAGCAGGGGGCAGCCACAGGGCUCUUCCUAGUUGGGGAUCAGGGCUGUGUGGCUGCCUGGGGCUCACCAGGUUCAUAAGGUUUGGCUGGAUAUGGUCUUGUUGUUGCAGGUUGAUGGUCCUCUGGUCAGCAGCAUUCUGGGAAGAAGAUGGCUCAGCCAGCACCCCUGAACCAGAACCUCCCAGAUCUUGGGGGCCCGUUCUUGUACCGGGAGCAGGAUGAUGGAGAGAAGAGCUCGUAUUCCGUGGAGACCCCUUAUGGCUUCCUGCUGGACCUUGAUUUCCUGAAAUAUGUUGAUGAUAUUGAAAGUGGCCAAACACUGAAGAAAGUGCCACUGCCUCGCAGGGGGAAAGGGUCCCGUCCGCCGCCCGGCACUCUGCGCAGCCCCAGCAGCCACACCAGCACCUGGACCUCCACCGAGUCUCUGACCUCCACGGCCAGCGAGGAGGGCAGGACUGCGCUGCUGUUGUCCCCGCACAGCCGAGUGCCCCUGGAGCCUGCGAGCAAGCCAACCUCCCACCCCGCCUCGCUGCUGCCAGUACGGCUGCUCCCACCUCCCACCCGCAAGUGCCUUGUGCCAAAUCCACGGGUGGAGAAGACCUUGUUGGAGACAAGCAGGAGGCUGGAGCAGGAGCAGGGCCAAUUGCAGGAUAUUGGUGGUCCCUCCCACAGUGCUCUGCCAGGUUCCCUGGGCCAGCCACCUCACUGGGUGCCUGGCACUGAGGGCCAUGCUGGCUGGGGCCGGGUGAGCCCUGGCAGCUCGGGACGCAGCACUCCAGCUGCAGGGCUCAGCACGGCCCCGCUGCAGCACGUGCGCGAGCAGAUGGCUGCAGCCCUGCGGCAGCUCCGGGACCUGGAGGAGCAGGUGAAAACCAUCCCACUCCUGGAGAUGCAGAUCUGCGAGUUGAAGAGGGAAAAGGCAAAGUUGCUAGAGAAGCUGUCAGCAGAGCCUCGUGAGGCAUUGCAUCACCCCUCUGGGUCUGAGACAGGGGCAGAGGGUGAGGAGGUGCCCCGCACAGGGUCAGAUAGUGAAGCAGAGCCAGCGAAGGGGCGAUCGAGCAAAAUUGCAGAGCUGAGGAAGCUGACAGAGAAGCUGGCUGUGCCGGAGCGGAACAUCAGGGCUUGGCCAUGCAAGAGCCCCAGGGUGGCUGAGAGGCCAUGCCGCUCUGUGGCAGUGGGUGAGGACCGGGCCAUGACAGAUGCUGUCUUCUACUACCGGUCACAGCAGGAGAGUGGGGACGUGCCAGACGGCACACAGGGACGCAGGGAUGUGGCUGUCUGGGUGCUGGAGUCCUCACUGGGGCUAACCACUGAGGCUGAGCAGGAGCUGGAGCUGCUGCAGCAGACGGUGGGGCACCAGAAGGAAGUGAUCACUGUGAUGGAGGGCCACCUGCAGGAGGCCACGCGGGAGCUGGAGGAGCUGCGGCUGGAGGUGUGUGCCCGCCGGCCCCACGGGCAGGUGGACAAGGAGGUGAUGGCCAAGCCGCAGGUUGCUGAGGCACAGGUGGAGGCUGUGGUAGUGACAUGGAGCCGGGCAGCUGGUGACCCCCCAACGAUGGUGGAGGCAGGUGUGGAGUGCUGCCCCCCGACCUCCUGCAUCGCCGUAGGCUGCCGCCCCCACGGGCAGGAUGUGGCAGUGGGACCUGAUUCAGCUGCCAGCUGCGAUGACAAGGGCAGCCAGACAGAUGUGGGCAGCAUUGUCCUGGCAGGAGAGGAGAAGGAGUCUGGUGCAGGCAAGGUGAUGGAGCCUGGCCUGGGUGAUGGCAUGAGCAGCCCCUCAGCGCCAGGUGAAGGAGCAAUGGGGGAAAUGUGCCCAGACAGCCAAGGUCCUGGGCCAGCUGUGCUGGAGAUGGCACACAGCAACCAGGACCCAUCCCCAGCAAACGACAGUGGAGCAGCCCCAAGCCCUGCAGCUGGAGCCCUGAAGUCCAUAAUGAAGAAGCGGGAUGGUCCUCCCCGGGGCGAGGCAGAGGGCAGCAAGAAGAGCCUGCAGUUUGUGGGCGUGCUGAACGGGGAGUAUGAGAGCACAUCCAGUGAGGAGGAGGAAGAAGGCAACAGCUCCUCUGAGAAGGCUUCGGCCGACAGUUCCAACAGUUCAGAGCAAGGAGACACUGAAACCUCAGAGGAGGAGGCUGGGGAAGGCACGUGUGAGCCCAGACUGGAGUGCAAGGGGACUGAUGUGACCCUGCUGGAGCCCCCUGAGGUGAAGGAAAAGUUCGAGCUGAGCCCCAGGAUGAGGGAGGCCUGCCUCAUUGUCAAGACCCACCUGGGCCACCCUGGUGCUGCCAAAAGCAAAGAGGUGCUUGCCAGCAGCAGCCUGGUCCUUCAGGAGUGGUUCCGUCUGUCCAGCCAAAAGUCAUCCAUCCCUGACACGGUUGCCAACCACCUCCUGGCCUUUGCCGAGAUCUCACCAGCUCUCCUGGCCCACGUGGUGAACCUGGCGGAUGGGAAUGGCAACACUGCCCUGCACUACAGUGUCUCCCACUCCAACUUCCACAUCGUGUGGCUGCUGCUGGAUACAGGGAUCUGUAACGUGGACCACCAGAACAAAGCUGGGUACACCGCCCUCAUGCUGGCAGCACUGGCAGCCGUUGAGCAGGAGGAGGACAUGAAUGUGGUCAGGAGGCUAUUCAGCAUGGGCAAUGUCAACGCCAAGGCUAGUCAGGCUGGCCAGACAGCGCUGAUGUUGGCCGUCAGCCAUGGUCGGCAGGAGAUGGUGGAAGCUCUGCUCGCCUGUGGGGCCGACGUGAACCUGCAGGAUGAGGAGGGCUCCACCGCGCUGAUGUGCGCCUGCGAGCAUGGCCGUGUGGAGACCGUGAAGCUGCUGCUGACUCAGCCCACCUGUGACAUCUCUAUUGUGGACAGUGAUGGUAACAACGCUGUUGCCGUCGCGCUGGAGGCGGGUCACAGUGACAUCGCUGCGCUCCUCUACGCUCACCUCAAUGGCAUGAAGGCACAGACACCCGUGAGUACCACACCACUCCCCAUGGGAGGGGAAAGGGCUGUGACACAGACAGGUGUCUCCAGGAAGAGGCUGCAGGACCAAGAACAGAGCAUUUCAAGUGCCACAUGCUCAGAACAGCCCAGCUGGCCCUGACCAGCUGGAGUCACUGGAGGGGUCUCUGGUGACAACUCUCUUUGCAGCAGGGGACUUCACCAACAGCCACAAAGAGCCCCAGGAAUCCAAAGAAACAAAAUUAGAGUGACCUUGGGAUCCAGCCAGGGGCCACCAUCAGCACUGGGCUGUGAUUCACAUCCCCUCACCUGCUACCCCUCUGUGCCAAAGCACUCCCUGCAACUUUAGUCCCAUCACAAGUGCCACCCCUGGGCCUCCCUCACCCAUCUCCUCCACUGGAUACCAAGUGACUGGAGCCAAGUGACCUUGCGGUGGGACCCAUCCCCUCUGCUCCCUGUCACAAGCACCAGAGCUGCACCACCUCCGAGCCCUCAGCAAGGAGGAACAGCAGAGAACCAACGCAGCAGAAACAGCACCUGGUUUGUGCUCUCUGGCAGUUCCAAGAAGGCAGCAGUAUCAGUGAUGUGGAGCCAGGAGGGCAAGUGACAGGUCCUGGCCCCAGCAGGGACAUGGUGCUCUGCAGGCACAUCCUGUACAGCAAUAGGAGAGGGAAUGCUGCCUUGGACAGGGGUUGGGAGCAUUUCCAGACUCAAAUACUUGCCCUUCUUUUCCAGCAUUUCCUUUCCUGGCUGAAAUCUGAUUUUUUUUUUUCUCCUUUCUAGCAUAUGCAUACAAAGCAAAAAAAUUAUAUUGCUUAGCCAAAAUACGAAGUUCAACAUGAAAUCACUUGGGAUUUGAUUUGCUCAAUGGGAGCGAAAUCUCUGAGUAGCUGGGGUUGCAGUCAAGUGAAAAAAGGGGCAAAGGGCCAAGGAUGCAUUUGGGGACUAAGCCUGCUUGAUAACCCACCAGAGGAGCAGGUCCUCCCAAGUAAAGAACAAUUACCUCCUAAACAUUUCCCCAGUUAACCAGUCCCACAGACUGUACAGACAGCAAGAGUUCACAGCCAAGUCCCUCUCUGCCCACUUCCCAUCCCAAAAGGGAGGAGAGCAGCUGAGGACAGCACCAGGAAAAACACAUGGGCCAGAAGAGCUCAGAGCACACAGGUGGAGCCUGCAAAAUGGAACAUGUAUGUCAGAGAACACGUCUGUGCAAGUGUGUGAGCGCCAUGUGGGGUGGGAACAGGGUAAGGACAAGGACCAGGAGGAUAAAGGGUUUUGUGUGGGAAGUCAAGCUCUGCUCUGAACUCUUCACAAAGGUAAUGUGUUGUGCCCCCCAUUCCUACUCCUUGGCCCAGCCUCACCACUUCUGCCCCUGCCUGACCUGCUCUGAGCUGGCGAACUCCACAACCCUCCCAAGAAACUUGCUCUCAGCUUUGCACUGGAGUUAAUAUACAGUGCUCACUCCACUCCCUAAUACACUACUCUGCUUACUGGUAUUUUAAUACUGAUGUUUAUUUUAAAGCUAUAAAUAAAAUUUAAAGUUAUUUUUAAAUAUUAUAGUGACA